AUGGGGGCCUUCCUCGACGGAUGCUCCUACAAAUACUGGUACGUGCUCUGCGGAAACGUGGCGAAACUUGUAAAGGGGGAAAAUAUUGGUGACCUGAUGUCCAUCAAUUCCAAUCCAGGAGCUGUUGUUUCGGGAGACCCCUUUUCACCUUCUGCACCAAUGGCCAAAAAAGAAAGAAAAGAAAAGGAAAAGAAGAUAGAAAUGAACGACUUUCAAAGUGACCUACGUGUAAACACUCUUCUUGUAUCUAUGCAGAUGUGGGGCAGCUUCCACUAUGACGACGAGCAAUGGAUGGGUAUGGUAUCAAAGACCCCGGCCAAAAUGUGA